GGCGCAUGCGCGAUUGCUCAGUUCAAACUGGGAAGCGACUUCCACCCGCAAACAGACGACUAUCUUUCUCUCGUUAAGUCAAGUGGUUGCAUUUUAUUUGUUGUUGCAUUCACGGGGGAAAAAAAACUGCCCAGCAACGAUGAACUUUUUUGGUUUUGGUCAAAGUGCGGACAUCGAUAUAGUUCUCAAUGAUGCCGAAACAAGGAAGAAAGCUGAGCAUAAAAGCGAGGACGGCAGAAAGGACAAAUAUUUCCUCUUCUACGACGGGGAAACGGUGUCGGGGAAGGUCAACGUCACACUCAAGUAUCCUGGCAAGAGGCUGGAGCACAACGGAAUCAAGAUCGAAUUUAUUGGCCAAAUAGAGCUCUACUACGACCGGGGAAACCACCAUGAGUUUGUUUCUCUGGUGAAAGACUUGGCGCGGCCAGGGGAGCUCACGCAGUCGCAGACGUUUGACUUUGAGUUCACUCACGUGGAAAAGCCGUAUGAGGCUUACACUGGCCAGAAUGUCAAAUUACGCUAUUUUCUGAGAGCAACCGUCAGCCGCAGACUGAGUGACAUCGUCAAAGAAGUGGACAUCGUGGUUCACACCCUCAGCACUUACCCUGAUAUCAACUCCUCCAUCAAGAUGGAAGUAGGCAUCGAGGACUGUCUCCACAUAGAGUUCGAGUACAAUAAAUCCAAGUAUCACCUGAAAGAUGUUAUUGUCGGCAAGAUUUACUUUUUGCUUGUGCGAAUUAAAAUCAAGCAUAUGGAGAUUGACAUCAUCAAGCGGGAAACGACUGGCACCGGCCCAAACGUCUACCACGAGAACGAUACUAUAGCCAAGUAUGAAAUCAUGGACGGUGCACCAGUCCGGGGGGAGUCCAUCCCCAUAAGGCUGUUCCUAGCGGGCUAUGAGAUAACGCCCACCAUGAGGGACAUAAACAAGAAGUUUUCAGUUCGCUACUACCUCAACCUGGUCCUCAUCGAUGAGGAGGAGAGACGGUAUUUCAAACAACAGGAAAUCACCCUGUGGAGGAAAAGCGACGUUGCGAGGAAGAGCAUGUCUCAUCAAGCCAUCCUUGCCUCCCAACGCUUCGAAGGCUCCUCCAACCCAGAAAAAAGCCAGGCUGGUGAAAAGGACAGCUAAGAAGUCUAGACCACUUCUGCAGCGAGUUGUGAAUAUGAAAAUUGUUUUUGUGCGUCAGGAGAGAAUGCGCUGUACUUAUUAGCUGUGCAAGUGUAUGUCAAGGGAACAGGGCAAGGUCAGAUUGUACUUGCAAAUUUUUAGAUUAGUUUCUUUGGAACAGCUGGAGGUCCCAGAUUGGUACAGUUAAUCCACUGGAGACUUAUUUCGCUGUGAUGCGUAAUUUUUCAGACAAAACAAAUACAGUGUUCCCUUGCUAUUUUGGUUGGUGCAGCUUCACUCCAUCGUGGGUUUUAAUUUUUGACGAUAACUUCAUGUAUUCUUCUUUUUUAGGGAGGGGAAAUUUGUUUUACAAAAACCAAGAACAUGAACAUUAGAGCUGGUCAGCCCCAAAAAUCGAGUUCCUGUGUGUUGUUUAAAAAUGGCCGAAUAGAAAAUAAGUCAACAUCUACUUUUGGGGGCUAUUUUGGGGCUCGUGUAACGUAUCACCCGUAAAAAGUGAGUGAACACUGUAUAGGCCAAAUUAAGUCUUGAAUUGGCAUUAGUUUUCCAAAUAUCAGCCUCUUCAUGCACUUGAAUAUAAUUUGCAAAUACAUUUUGACUUGGUGUGAGUGUGCUCUUGCACGUCUCGAACAUGGCCUUGAAUUCUAGCCACUUUGUGCUGCAGCUGUGGUCAACUCUAAAUCUCACAUUUUUCAAUGUUUAAUUGCUGGUUUGGGAAACUUAUAUUCGCUUUUAGUUCAAGAGGAAGUGAAUUGAAGAUGCUUAAAUAUUUUCAUACAUUCCACCAGAAAUGACGUAUUUAUUUUUUUAAUAGCAUCAGAUAGGAAUGAAUGCCUUACGUAGUGUAGACGUCACUUUGUGGACAUUUUUGAUUUGAAGAGGAGGGGUGGGGGAACAUUUACAGUGAAGGAAUCAAUACAUUAUUUUUUGAAAGAUCAAGCUAAUUAUAUAUUCACAUACACACUACUCAUAAAACAUUAGGGAUAUUUGGGUUUCAUGUGAAAUUUAUGGACAAUAUAAAAUGUUCACGCUACAGUGUUAUCAUACAUACGUUAACAACAAUGGUGGGUGCACCACAACAAAACAUUUCAACGCGCCAAUAACUCGUGAUGUGCCCUUUAGCAUCAAUCACAGCUUGACGACGACGUCUCAUGCUGUUCACAAGUCGACUUAUUGUCUGAUGAGGCAUGUCAUCCCACCCUUGAAGGGCAGCCCUCAGGUCAUUGAGGUUCUCGGGAGCAGAGUUUUGAGCCUCUACACGGCGACUCAGCUGAUCCCACACGUUUUCAAUAGUAUUCAGGUGCAGUGUAGGCUAUUCCAUUUGAGGUACACCAAUUUCCAACAGUCGCUCCCUGAUGAUGUGACCUCGAUGAGCUGGAGCAUUGUUGUCCAUCAAGAUGAAAUUAGACCCGUGUUGUUCAUGUAGGGGCACUAUCACUGGAUGAAAAAUGCUAUUCACAUAGUAUGGAAUUGUCACAAAGCUUUGUCAUCUGCCCACAUCGUAACACCGCCACCACCAAAAGCUCGUCUCUCGGUAUCUCCGUUGCAACCUGCCAAUGACACUCUAUGACACUCGAAGGUCAGUGGCCACUUCCGUCUGGGAACGUCUCAUUUGAAACAUCAAAUGGCAAGGAACAGUUGAUCCAUUUUUAGGUGUCGUCUUGGUCUCAUGACGUCAAAAUGUGAACAGCAUGAUGAGGACGACCAUUUAAACACCAGCUCUGGUUGAACCAGGACAUGCAUGUUUGCACUCUCCUUGAGGGGGAAAGAAAUUUCAUCUGUGCUGUAUGUUGCACAUGGAGAAUAUUUUACAAUGAAGCUGACUUGACAUUUAUUGGUGGACUCCAGGAUCAAACGCCUGUUUUGAAUUUUAUCGUGUUGGAGAGCAACAACUCGUGUAAAAUGUACUGAAACACGUAACCGUUGGAACCGUGCAUUCAAAAGCCGAGAGAAGGUCACAUCAAAUUCAGCUGUAAAGGUUUGAAUGCAUUUUAGGCUCGUCCUGUAAUUUCACCUGAAAGCCAAAUAUCCCUCCCCUUUUGUGAUGAAUCCUGAAAAGAAAUAAUCUACUCUCCAAAAAUUAAGAAAGCAACUUUAUUUCUGGGGGGUUUCAAAGUGCGGGACAGUGAAUGUACCAUCAAGAAAAACAACUGAGGGCUCUCUUAACAUCAGAACUAAAAGGCAUUCUCGGUGAUUUUGAUCUCACGCUACAACACCUCCCAGGAGAAGCGUGUUCCUUUGAAAAUCUAUUUGCUGAAUUCUUUAUUUGUUAGCUCCUCGUGCUUUCUUGUCUUUGAUCUGAUUACUUUUCAAGUUCCUAUCUCUUAUUUGCACUAUGAUCGCUUUUUAUUAUUUUUUAAUUUUUUUUUGCUGUUCUCUGGACUGUAGUAGGAACAAACCUUUUUGGUUCGUAACCACCACCGCCAGAUGAUUAUGGGCAGUGUUAGAUCAGUGUUCUCGACUAAAGCGACCCAGACGCUUUUUUGUUGGCGGCCGCUUUUUGAGAUUCAGUCUGCUUUGUGCCUCAAGAUUGAUUCCCCCCUCCCACCCCCCAAAAAACAAACAAACAUUGUUUUGAAUGCAGUGCCAGGGCAUAACCUGUUACUGUGACUUUCGAAGUCAUCAUUUACUUUGGAACACAUUUCAUCAAAUCAAAAAAAAUGUUUUCUCCUUUCCCAGAAUGGGAAAGGAAAAGCACAGAAGUGUUUUGAACUGUGAGCUUCUUUCACAAUGGAUGGCAUAGAAGUUCCAUAUAUUUUUAUAUUUCAUAUUAAUCAUGAAAGGCACGUUGUGGUGUCACGCCGACGGAUUGUGCCAACUGCUCUCGAUUGGAUAGUCUGCAUCAGGGGUCACAAAUCUUUUUAAACCCUUUCAUGCACCAAUAAUGAUAACCUGACAACCUGAUAUGAUGUCCACUGUGGUAACCGCCGUCCCUGAAAGGGUUAAAACAGAAAUGUACAAGUGUUUAAAAAGAAGACAGUGGCGCUUUUUUUUUUUUUUUUUUUUUUGAGAAAGGCAACACAAAAUAACUGGUGAGCUUUUGGUUUUUGUGGAGUUUAUUGUUUUUCUUUUUUUAGCACCAUAUCCUCAUGUGGCCGGCCGGCGGCCACCAUGUUGGUUUCUACUUUGUACAUUGUAGCCCCUUUAACUUGUGUGUGCUUAAAUUUGCUGGUUGAUUCUCAGUCUUCACUGAAAAAAAAAUAUAUUGAAAACACAUUCUAGAACAUCUGGAUCACAAUGGAAGUCUGUUUAUUUGUUGUGUUAUUUACUUGUAUAUUUUAUUUUGUCUGCCCCUGAUACAGACAGAAGCCUCUUCAAUGCAAUUUUUCAAAGAAUAUUCAAUUGAAUUAGAGUAUAAAGGAACAAUGUUAAUGAUGUCCUGUUAUUAAAUUGAGAUAGAAUAAGUAUAAACAACAAAUAAACGAUGUACAUGAUGA